UUUAGAAAGAAGAAGAAAAUAUUAAUUUGGAAAUUUUCUGUUUCAGAGAUUAAAUUUAUUAAAAGAAAGAUUUAAAUGUUAUUAAUAACCAAACUUGAAGUGGAAAAUAAUAAAUUCAAUACGAGUCCAUUAAACUAACUGCGAAGUAAUAAAUCAGUGUGCAAUAAUUUAGGGCUAAACAAUUCAUUCCCUCGCCCGGAAAUGGUUUGAAUAUUCUGUUUCCGCCUUACUAACGUAUAUACGCAGUUAACAAACGCCACUAAUAAAAUUGGGGAAAUACUAACGAUACCAAAGACGAUUCAGUCUAGACUACAGGAACAAACCGAUAAUUUCACAUAUUUGCUGCAAGAUGCCUACGAAGUACGUGCUCUUGGAAAUGGAAUUAUGAAUUCUGGCCAGAUACAAUAGAAGAUACAAAAACAAAACUUUAACGCACUGCUGUGAAAAUGAGCCCCUGGAAGGAUAAUGAAGAGAUCGAAAUAUUUCGUGAAUACCUGCGUAUAGCCAGUGUACAACCGGACAUUGACUAUGCACCAAUCGUGGAGUUCCUGAAAAAACAAGCCACAAAUUUGGGAUUACCUAUUGAGGUUUAUCACCCCGGCAGUCCCAGUAAACCAGUUGUUGUUAUAACAUGGGUCGGGCAACAACCAGAAUUGCCAACAAUUGUUUUGAACUCUCAUAUGGAUGUCGUACCAGUGUACCCUGAAAAGUGGACGCACCCACCCUUUGCCGCUGAAAUUGAUAAGGAAGGUCGGAUUUUUGCACGAGGUGCACAGGAUAUGAAAUGUGUGGCCACGCAGUAUUUGGCAGCGAUACGUGCCCUACGAAAGAGCGGUGUCACCUUGAAACGCACCAUCCAUGUGAUAUUUGUACCAGACGAGGAAAUUAGUGGUGAAAUGGGAAUGAAAGCCUUGGUCAAAUCAUCCGAAUUUAAAAAACUAAAUGUUGGAUUUUGUCUGGACGAAGGCAUUGCAUCUGUAAAUGAAACUUUUUCACUUUUCUAUGCCGAAAGAAGCCUUUGGCAUGUCCACUUUAUUAUUAGUGGCACUGCUGGGCAUGGUUCCUUGCUGCACAAAAAUACAACAGGUCAAAAGCUUCACUAUAUACUGAAUAAGUUAAUGGAAUUUAGAAAACAUGAAGAGGAUCGUUUGGAAAGUGAUAGUUCUUUGAUGCUUGGUGAUGUCACAACUAUCAACUUAACCAUUGUUAAGGGCGGUGUGCAAAGUAAUGUGGUGCCACCUACAUUGGAAGCAGUUUUCGACAUGCGAUUGGCGUUAAAUGUAGAUCACGACGAUUUCGACAGGCAGCUAAGGACGUGGUGCACAGAAGCUGGUGGUGAAAUCGAAAUUAAGUAUGAACCAAGAGAGCCAAAAGUGGAGGCAACAAAGUGCGAUAAUUCCAAUCCCUUCUGGAUAGCCUUUGGCAAGGCUACAUCGGAUUUGAGUCUUAAAAUCCAGCCACUUGUUCUUCCCGCCGGUAGUGAUAGUACUUACAUUCGUGAAAUUGGCAUUCCAGCGCUUGGCUUUUCUCCCAUAAAUAAUACUCCGGUAUUACUCCAUGAUCACGAUGAAUUCUUACAAGCCGACGUCUAUUUAAAAGGAAUUGAAAUUUAUAAUAAAAUUAUAUCGGCUAUUGCAAACGCAUAAAGCAUUAAAUAAAAAUUUAAUUAAAUUAAAAUAAUA